CGAUCAGUACGAUGUUUUUCAUUAAUCACUUUUUGUUGUCCUAUAACCUACUAGGGCAUUUAGAAACAGAGACAAAACAAGAAGAUAAUAGAUCACAAGCUAAUAAGCGUUCUCUUCUCCUUAUACUGGGUUUUAAAUCAAGAAACCAUGUCUGCAAGUGUACUAAGUGAUCCAACAAUGCUAAUUUCAACACCGGAGGUAAUAAUCGUCUCUCCGACGCCGGCAACACAAAUCUCCGGUGAUGAGCCAGAUUCGGUGACGUGUGACUGUUGCGGAUUAACCGAGGAGUGUACACAAUCGUACAUAGAGAUGAUCAGAGAGCGUUACAUGGGGAAAUGGAUCUGUGGACUUUGUUCUGAAGCUGUGAAGUAUGAAGUCAUAAGAACUAAACGAUUGCUAACAACAGAGGAAGCCAUGGCCAGACACAUGAACAUGUGUAAUAAGUUCAAAUCCUCAAGCCCUCCACCGAAUCCGACCGGACAUUUGAUCUCUGCGAUGCGACAGAUCUUGAGAAGAAGCUUAGAUUCACCAAGAAUGCUUAGAUCUAUGCCUAAUAGUCCUUCUAAAGACGACCAAGAUUGUGUUUCUAAUGUUUUGUCUAGGUCCGAUAGCUGUUUCGCUAGUUUGACUUAAAAGCUCAUAAACCGUCGGUUUAGGACCCACCUGGAUUAAAUCCGGUUUUCAGAUUUGAAAAUUUCGUCGGUAAACCAAAAAUUGGUCUCUGUAUGUGUUUUUGCCGGAUUUGUACUUGUGGAAAAUUUUGGGCUAAAAGAAUAAUUUGGUGCUCUGUUU